AUGAAUUUCCUCGCCUUUGCGUUCCUGCUCGCUCUUUCUCUGCUCGGUAUGGUCUCGGCGGAGCAGCCUUGUACCACUGGAUGCUUCGACCUGGUGUACCACACGGCAACGACCGUCUUUGCGUCGAAGACACCCUCUGGCACGGAGGCACUGGUCAAACCUACGCACCUGCCGUCCGAUGUCUCGUACGGCGAGAUUACGGUAGCGGCCGAUGGUCUCGAGGAGGUCCGAUGGACGAAGCUCGCCACCUCUACCAUGUUCAUCCCGCGUCCCACUUCGACGGGGGACGCCGAGGCCGAAGCAUGGCGUGUCGUCUACGGCACGACCUCCAUGGAAUGGGCGGGCUAUGCCACGUCCAUCAUCGCCCCGACCCUGACCUCGAUCGCUCCCCGCCCCACCGCGCUGCCUGCGCAAGCCGUCUCCGACAUGCUCGUGUCCUGGACCGACGUAUCCAUCAAGGAGGCCGAGGCCGCCGUCACCGUCACGGAGGUGGACUAUGCGUACGACACCGUCAUGUGGGUGCGCCCCGACGCCGCCGCCUCGCGCGAGCGCGUCGAGGUCCUCGUCGACGGGAUCGCGAUGCCCCCGCGCAUGGACCCCGUCUCCGAGAUGGGCCGCUACUGCGACAGCGAGAUCGACGACUGCUUCGCGGCUGGCGUGCUGCCUGGUUAUUACAUCGUGCCUUCUGGCCACCACGAGGUCGCGCUCCGCCGCGACGAGCAAAUCGUCGAAGAGUGGACCGGGUCGUACGCUAUCGAGAGGCCUUCGGUAUCAUUGCUUUCGUCGUGCCCGCCAUGCCCGACGGUUACGAUGACCGUCACUCAAUUUGUUCCCGGUGCGGCGACGCCCACCGCACAGGCGCCGCUACCUAACGUCCCCUUCUAA